AUGUUUUUCAAUCACUUGUUGGCAUUGGUUCACAUUCUUAUUUUAGUUUCUGCUGGAUCACAAGCAGAUGAAUAUGCGUCAGACCCAAAUAUAUUUGAGUUGACGCCUUCAAAUUUUGACAAAGUAGUCCACAAGUCUAAUUACACUACUUUGGUAAAGUUCUACGCCCCUUGGUGUGGAUAUUGUCAGAAAUUACAGCCUGUGUAUCAUAAAUUGGGAAAAUAUAUCAAUAAGGAUGCAAAGUAUUCUAUUAACAUUGCUAGUGUGAAUUGUGACAAGGACUACAAUAAACAGUUGUGUUCACAAUAUCAAGUUCGAGGAUUCCCCACACUAAUGGUGUUCAGACCUCCUAAGUACGAAAAGGGGAAACAAGUAAAGUUGCAGAAACAUGCCAGUGAAGUUUACCAAGGUGAAAGAAGUGUCAAGUCAAUCACCAAGUUUUUAACUUCAAGGUUGAAAAAUUAUGUCAAAAAGUUUCACAACAUCAAGAGUGACGGCGUCGCAGAAUGGUUAGCAGAAGAUAAACCUUCUGUUUUACUUAUUUCCAAUGCAAACCUGGUUAGUCCAUUGUUGAAAUCCCUAGCCAUUGAUUUUCUCGAUCGAGUCAAAGUCGGAAUGAUAUCCAAAUUCAACGAUGAGCCUCAUAAACUUGUUAUUGGCGAUAAGGAAAUUGAAGUUCCAUCCACCUCUAAAUCGAUGUUGUUCUAUUUUAACAAGGAAAAAGGAGAGUUGGUAGCUUAUACAAAAUCUGAAAAAUUGAACGACAAGGUGAAAAUAACUGAAUGGAUAAUAGAACAAACUCAGCAACAACCAGCGGAGGGUCCAUUAUCCAAAAAAGAAAACAAAUACUAUUACAAAUAUAGAACCGGGAAAAAGAAAAUAGAACAUGACGAAUUAUAG